AUGGAGGCCGGGGAGGCAGCGCCGCCGGCGGGGAUGGGCGGCCGCGCGGCGGGCGGCUGGGGCAAGUGGGUGCGGCUUAACGUCGGGGGCACGGUGUUCCUGACCACCCGACAGACGCUGUGCCGGGAGCAGAAGUCCUUCCUCAGCCGCCUGUGCCAGGGGGAAGAGCUGCAGUCGGACCGGGAUGAGACCGGGGCCUACCUCAUUGACCGUGACCCCACCUACUUUGGGCCCAUCCUGAACUUUCUCCGGCAUGGCAAGCUGGUGCUGGACAAGGACAUGGCUGAGGAGGGCGUCCUAGAGGAAGCCGAGUUCUACAACAUUGGCCCACUGAUCCGCAUCAUCAAAGACCGGAUGGAGGAGAAGGACUACCCCGUCACACAGGUCCCCCCCAAGCACGUGUACCGCGUGCUGCAGUGCCAGGAGGAGGAGCUCACGCAGAUGGUCUCCACCAUGUCUGACGGCUGGCGCUUCGAGCAGCUGGUGAAUAUCGGCUCCUCCUACAACUAUGGCAGUGAGGACCAGGCUGAGUUCCUGUGCGUCGUGUCCAAGGAGCUCUACAGCUCCCCACAUGGGCUGAGCUCGGAGUCCAGCCGCAAAACCAAGAGCGCGGAGCAGCAGCUGGAGGAGGAGCGGCAGCAGGAGGAGGUGCAGGUGCAGGUGGAACAGGUGCAGGUGGAGGCAGAUGCCCAGGAGAAAGGUUCCCGUCCGCACCUCAGACCUGAGGCUGCGCUGGCCGUGAGGGCUCCUCCCCGGCCCCUCGCCCGCCCCCAGAGCCGCCAUCCCUGCUGUUACAAGCCAGAGGCACCCGGAUGUGAGGCCCCAGAUCACCUCCAGGGACUUGGGGUUCCGAUCUGAAAUCCUUUAUUUUUGUACCUCGGGGUGGGGCCCCGGCUCCAGGCAGAGGAAGCAUUCUACCCCCUGCCACUUCUGUCUACACCUGCG